AUGGCCUCUCCUGCUUCAUUUUACGAUGUGCUAGGGAUUUCAAUGGGGGCGAGCUGCCAAGAAAUAAAGAGUGCGUACAGAAAGCUUGCAAGAACAUAUCACCCUGAUGUGGUGGCUGUGAAUCACAAGGCGAAAUCAGCAAACGAGUUCAUGAAGAUUCACUCAGCCUAUUCAACACUGUCAGACCCUGAUAAGCGUGCUCAAUAUGACAGACAGCUUUGCAGGUACAGAAUAUCUCUUGAGUAUUCAUCUCUCCCUUCGCAGAAUAUGGAUUCCAUGUCAGGUUAUCAUCAAAGACGUGCUCAGGCUGGACAUAAAUGGGAGACAGAUCAAUUGAAGGCGGUGCUUCCCUGCUUUGAGAUCUUUCAAGGUACCUGGGAAUUGAUUCACCACUCAGUGUAA